AUGUCGUCAUACGCCAACGACCGACUCUACAAUGGCUACCUGCGCACAAACAUGCCAAGGAUUGUGACCACAGUCAGACCGAGGGAAAUCAUGGUCCAUCUUCCAUGUUUGACCGACCACGACAGAGAGACCAUUGAAGCCAAAAGGGAGACCUAUGGUAGUUUUGAUGCCAUGGUGCGUCUGCUGGACUGUCUGAAGAGGAGGGAGAAUUGGCCAGAGCAGUUCAUUGCUGCGUUAGAGGCGUGUGAGCAUCGGAUAAUAGCGGCUGAGAUCAGGGCCGAAUACGACGCACUGAGAGGCAUUAACAAUUCCAGUCCUCCAGCCGCUAGAGUUGUCGCGGCACACAUCCAUCCAGCACCAUCUGCCUCACACCUGCCUGAUCCUGAGCCUGAAGCCAGCCCUCCGCCUGCUGUGGACGUCCAAUCUGAGGCUCCAGUGACACAGCCCAUCCAGGAAACCAAAGGAACGGCACCUCAGAGCGCUCCUGAAGCUACUGUGACUGAGGAAACCACUUUGCCAGAACCACCUCAACCCCAGACAGAAGCAGCUGUGGUCCCUCCUGUGACACCACCUCCAUCUCCCAAUUUGGCGCAACGUUCAGUGAACGACUCUCCCCCUCCAGAGCAAGUGGACUAUGUCUCCCAUCAAGAACCUGAGGAAGAUCUAGAACCAGCUGAAGACUUCCCACAAGAAUCAGUUCAUUUGUGUCAAGAGGCAGAGGAAAAUACAGAGAUACCACAAGCUCCUAUGAUUCAUGUUGAGCCAUGUGAAGUAGAUGAGUCCUCUUUGCGGACAGAUACAUUGACUGAACAGCCUACACUUACCUCAAUUGUAAAUGAGAGUACACCCAUUAUUGAUCCUGUGAAGGAGCCAACUGUUGCUGAACCAGAACCAGCCACUGCUCCUGUGGAAGACCGUACAAACACAACAAGCACUUUUGAAGAAGCUGCACUUAGUUCCACUGUGGAGGACAAUCCGGUAGUUCCCCCUGCUGCUGUGGAAGCAUUACUGGGUCAAAGUCCAUCUCCGAUGACAAAUCUUGAUGAUCUCAUCCUAACACCUGAGAAACCUCCAGUCCAAGAGACUAGCCCACUAGAGGAAAAGGCCCCAGUCCUGAACACAUCUGAACCUGAGGACACACAGGUUGAUGAAAUUCUCCAAGAAAUAGAAGCUCCUCCUAAUGGUGAAGUGGAGAAUGGUGCUUCUAACCAAAUCAGUGUGCCAGAAGAGGACGAUAUCUGCUUUAGUAAACCUGGAGUGCUUGUCAGCGUCGAACCUCCAGAUCCAAACAACACAACAAUCCGCGCUCCCAAUCCCGUCUCUGUGUAUUCUGGAGACAGUGGCCGCUUAGAAAUGAACGAAACGCCCAAGAAGCUGCCGCGGUCCUCGAAGGAGAAGAUGCCCGGUGGUCUGUGCAGGAGCGACCCCCACAAUGAGGCAUGUGCCGCAGCUGGACCCUCCACAUCCGAGCGGAGGAGCAGGUCCACUGCGAGGCUGCGGACCGACUCUCUGAAGAAAAGCAGACCGCCAUUUCCUUGGUUUGGGAUGGACAUUGGAGGCACUCUGGUGAAGCUGGUCUACUUUGAGCCUAAGGACAUCACAGCUGAGGAAGAGCAGGAGGAGGUGGAGAACCUGAAGAGCAUCCGCCGCUACCUCACCUCCAACACUGCCUACGGGAGCACAGGCAUCAGGGACGUCCACCUGGAGCUGCAGGACCUUACGCUGUGUGGGCGAACAGGGAACCUGCACUUCAUUCGCUUCCCCACCCAAGACCUGCCCGUCUUCCUCCAGAUGGGAAGAGACAAGCACUUCUCCAGCUUGCACACCACUCUCUGUGCCACGGGAGGCGGCGCAUACAAGUUUGAGGCUGAUUUCAGAAUGAUGGCCGAUUUGGAGCUGCACAAACUGGAUGAGCUGGACUGCCUGAUCCGUGGAGUGUUGUACAUAGAUUCGGUGAUGCCCAGAGAAUGUUACUACUUUGAAAACCCUACCGACCCGGAGCGCUGUGCGGAGAGGCCCUACCCCCUGGAGAACCCCUACCCACUGCUGCUGGUCAACAUCGGGUCUGGGGUCAGCUUCCUGGCGGUUUACUCCGAAACCAACUACAAACGAGUCACUGGGACCAGUCUGGGCGGUGGCACUUUCUUGGGCCUGUGCUGUCUACUGACCGGCUGCUCAACUUUCGAAGAAGCUUUAGAAAUGGCAUCUGAAGGGGAGAGCACGCGAGUGGACAAACUGGUGCGGGACAUUUACGGAGGCGAUUAUGAGCGAUUUGGGCUGCCGGGCUUCGCUGUGGCCUCCAGUUUUGGCAACAUGAUGUCCAAAGAGAAAAGGGAGUCUGUUUCCAAAGAGGACUUGGCGCGGGCCACUCUGGUGACCAUCACCAAUAACAUCGGCUCCAUCACCCGAAUGUGCGCUCUCAACGAGAACAUUGAGCGUGUGGUGUUUGUGGGGAACUUCCUGAGGGUGAACACUCUCUCCAUGAAGCUGCUGGCUUACGCCAUGGACUACUGGUCUAAAGGACAACUCAAGGCACUGUUCCUGCGACAUGAGGGGUACUUUGGUGCAGUGGGAGCGCUGCUAGAGCUUCUACACCCUGAAACUCUUGAAAAAAGACAAGCGAUGCCAAUGGACAGAUCCAAGCAUCGGUCAUCAUUGUCCCUCCUUCUCCUCUGCCUCUUACUACCAUCCCACUUGUGUCAAACCACACCUGCACCCCCCACAUCCCCCGCCCCCUCCUCCACUCCUGCUGACCGGCUCCGGGUCCGAAUGACCGGAUAUCCCCGAAAGCACAACGAGGGCCGCGUGGAACUCUUCUAUAAGGGCGAGUGGGGCACCAUUUGUGAUGACGACUUCUCCAUUCAAAACGCCAACGUCCUCUGUCGACAAAUGGGCUUUGUCGAGGCCACAGGAUGGGCCCACAGCGCCAAGUACGGCAAGGGCCAAGGUAAAAUCUGGCUAGACAACGUGAACUGUAACGGAGGGGAGAAGGGCAUAGAACAUUGUAAAUCUCGUGGUUGGGGAAACAGCGACUGCACCCACGAUGAAGACGCUGGGGUGGUGUGCAAAGACGAGAGGAUCCCUGGCUUUGUGGACUCAAACGUCAUUGAUGCCCAGGUGGAUGAGACUAGGAUCGAGGAGGUGCGGCUGCGUCCGGUGGUGAACAUGGCCAAGAAGAAGCGCCCUGUCACCGAGGGAGUGGUGGAGGUGCGGUAUAAGGACGGCUGGGCGCAGGUCUGUGAUGUGGGCUGGACCAUCAAAAACACCCGUGUGGUCUGUGGCAUGCUGGGAUUCCCACACGAGAGGAAAGUCAACAAGAACUUCUACAAACGUCUCAAAAAACGUGCGGCUGUGAAGGUGUCCAGGUCAAAGGUUAACAUUGUGUCGAAUGGAAGGCCAGCACCCAAACCUAAAGUUAACACUAAACCAAGCAUUGUUGGCAAAAGGCUGUAUUUGGAGCGUCAGAAGAGCUACUACCAUGUGCACUCGGUGGCCUGCACUGGGACAGAGGUGCAUCUCGCUGCUUGUCCCCUGGAGUUCAGCAAGCCCAACGCCACCGUCAGCUGUGAGGGCGCCGCGGCCGUGGUCAGCUGUAUGCCCGGACCACUCUUCAUGCAAAACUCUGGCCUCAAAAAGAAGCUCAAAACAUCGAUGAACGUGCGGCUGAAGGGAGGAGCGCGGGUGGGCGAGGGCCGUGUGGAGGUGCUGAAAGGCUCAGAGUGGGGCACGGUGUGUGACGACCGCUGGAACCUGCAUUCGGCCAGCGUGGUGUGCCGAGAGCUGGGAUUCGGGAGCGCCAAGGAGGCUCUGACCGGGGCACGCAUGGGACAAGGGAUGGGUCCAAUCUACAUGAACGAGGUGAAGUGUGCUGGGACAGAGAAGUCCAUCUGGAACUGUCCGUUUAAAAACAUCACGUCUGAAGACUGCAAGCACACGGAGGACGCCGCUGUGCGCUGCAACACGCCCUACCUCGGCCUGGAGAACGCGAUCCGCCUCUCGGGGGGCAGGACGCAGUACGAGGGCCGUGUGGAGCUGCUCCUUUCUGAUGCUAACGACACCGAGAGCUGGGGCCUGGUCUGUGGAGAAGGCUGGGGCAACAGAGAGGCCACUGUGGCCUGCAGGCAGCUGGGGCUCGGCUACGCCAGCCAGGCUAACCAAUGUUAUUACCCAGCAGACAGGUCUCAGACGGGGCAGCCUUUGACUCCCCGCAGGGCCUCUGUGCAGAUCCGGAUAGUGGGCGGACGCAGCGGGUACGAGGGCCGAGUGGAGGUUCAGGUCGGCUCUAAGUGGGGUACGGUUUGCAGCACGGGAUGGACCACUAAAGAAGCCAUGGUGGUCUGCAGGCAGCUAGGGCUUGGCUACUCCAUGCAUGCAAUCACUGAAACGUGGUAUUGGGACGGCAGUAACGUGACAGAGAUGGUACUGAGUGGAGUCAAGUGCAGCGGUAACGAGUUAUCUCUGAGUCAGUGUCAGCAUCACAAAACCGUGAGCUGCCAGAGAACCGCAGCCAAGUUCGCCGCUGGAGUCAUCUGCUCUGAGACUGCGUCAGACCUGAUCCUGAACGCGCCCCUGGUCCAGCAGACCGUGUACAUCGAGGAUCGGCCUCUGCACAUGUUGUACUGUGCAGCGGAGGAAGAUUGUCUUUCCAAAACCGCAGCUCAAGCCAACUGGCCGUACGGACACCGUCGCCUGCUGCGCUUCUCCUCGCAGAUCCACAACAUCGGACGGGCCGACUUCAGGCCCAAAGCGGGGAGACACUCAUGGGUCUGGCACGCAUGUCACGGUCACUACCACAGCAUGGACAUCUUCACUCACUACGAUCUGAUGACCUCUAACGGCACCAAAGUGGCCGAGGGGCACAAAGCCAGCUUCUGCCUGGAGGACACAGACUGCCAAGAAGGAGUUUCUAAGCGAUACGAGUGUGCUAACUUUGGGGACCAGGGCAUCACGGUGGGCUGCUGGGACUUGUACCGCCAUGACAUCGACUGUCAGUGGAUCGACAUCACUGACGUCAAACCUGGAAACUACAUUCUUCAGAUUGUGAUCAAUCCAAAUCAUGAAGUGGCAGAGAGCGACUUCAGCAACAACGCCAUGAGAUGUAACUGUAAAUACGACGGACAUCGGAUCUGGCUGCACAAUUGUCACACGGGAGAUGCCUUCAGUGACGAGGCAGAGAAGAAGUUUGAGAAAUACCCCGGACAGACCAAUAACAAGAUUUCAUAA